GCGCGUCUCCUCUGGUAGGUUCCACAAUGGUACGGGCAGCUUCGCGCUGCACAAUGGUUUCCAGGCAGUGAAAGACGGUGAUUCAGCAAGCCACUCUUCUUCUUUCGAAAACCUCCCCAUCUCUUUUGAUUUCUAUGGGGCUGGGUGGUGCUCGUUAUAUGUUUACCUUUUUCUUUCCUUUUUCUUUUAUUUUUAUAAAUUUCCUUUCCUCCUCACCCCUCAGUUCCUAGGGGCUUGAGUGAGUUAAAGAUCGGUUCUUCUUGGAAAUCACCUGUCUCUCAUUAUUUUUAAACAAUCUCUCCCACCUCCAAAGACUCUCCUCCACAUUACAGUUUGGAAUGUGCUUAAUGAAAACCCAGUAGGGAGGAUUUCUGGGGCACACACUGACGGAUCAGGAUCCUAGUUCUCAGACACGGAAUGGCUAGCGUGAGAAACACCAACAGCACGACCAUCUCAAACCUUGGUUAUGGCAACUCACACAAGAUGCUAUUGAAUUAGAACCAUUUCCUGUAGAUGAGAAACCAUACAAGCAGUGGUAUUUAUGAGCCUCCAUUUCUUAUACUACUGCAGUGAACCAAGCUUGGAUGUGAAAAUUGCCUUUUGUCAGGUGUGUGUUCCUUACAGGUAAAACAAGGGAUUCGAUAAACAAGUGGAUGUGUCAUAUAUUGCCAAACAUUACAACAUGAGCAAAAGCAAAGUGGACAACCAGUUCUACAGUGUGGAAGUGGGAGAUUCAACCUUCACAGUUCUCAAGCGCUACCAGAACCUAAAGCCCAUUGGCUCUGGGGCUCAGGGAAUAGUAUGUGCUGCGUAUGAUGCUGUUCUUGACAGAAAUGUGGCCAUUAAGAAGCUCAGCAGACCCUUUCAGAACCAAACUCAUGCCAAGAGAGCUUACCGGGAGCUGGUACUCAUGAAGUGUGUUAACCAUAAAAAUAUUAUUAGUUUAUUAAAUGUUUUCACACCUCAGAAAACGCUGGAGGAGUUCCAAGAUGUUUACUUAGUAAUGGAACUGAUGGAUGCCAACUUGUGUCAGGUGAUUCAGAUGGAGUUGGACCAUGAACGAAUGUCUUACUUGCUGUACCAAAUGCUGUGUGGCAUCAAGCAUCUCCACUCUGCUGGCAUUAUUCACAGGGACUUAAAACCAAGUAACAUAGUGGUCAAAUCAGAUUGCACAUUGAAAAUUCUCGACUUUGGAUUGGCCAGGACAGCAGGCACAAGCUUCAUGAUGACUCCAUAUGUGGUGACGCGGUACUACAGAGCUCCUGAGGUCAUACUGGGAAUGGGCUACAAGGAGAAUGUGGAUAUAUGGUCUGUGGGAUGCAUUAUGGGAGAAAUGGUUCGCCACAAAAUCCUCUUUCCCGGAAGGGACUAUAUUGACCAGUGGAACAAAGUAAUUGAGCAACUAGGAACACCAUGUCCAGAAUUCAUGAAGAAAUUGCAACCCACCGUAAGAAACUAUGUGGAGAAUCGGCCCAAGUAUGCAGGACUCACCUUCCCCAAGCUCUUUCCUGAUUCCCUCUUCCCAGCAGACUCUGAGCACAAUAAACUAAAAGCCAGCCAAGCCAGGGACUUGUUAUCAAAGAUGCUUGUGAUUGACCCAGCAAAAAGGAUAUCAGUGGAUGACGCCUUACAGCAUCCGUAUAUCAACGUGUGGUACGACCCUGCUGAAGUGGAAGCGCCUCCACCUCAGAUCUAUGACAAGCAGCUGGAUGAAAGGGAACACACCAUUGAAGAAUGGAAAGAACUUAUCUAUAAGGAAGUAAUGAAUUCAGAAGAAAAGACUAAAAAUGGCGUAGUAAAAGGACAGCCUUCUCCUUCAGGUGCAGCAGUGAACAGCAGUGAGAGCCUCCCUCCCUCCUCAUCAGUCAAUGACAUCUCCUCCAUGUCUACCGACCAGACCCUGGCAUCUGACACUGACAGCAGCCUGGAGGCCUCGGCAGGACCACUGGGUUGUUGCAGGUGACUAGCCGCCUGCCUGCGAAACCCAGCGUUCUUCAGGAGAUGAUGGGAUAGAAAGCACACACACACACACACACACACACGCACGCACGCACGCACGCGCACACACACAUAUUCACAUAUAUGCACACACUCUCAUGUACACACAAAAGCAGACAUGCAAUGUCAAGAAAAUAGCAAGAGAGAGAAUUCAACCUCAAAUAGAGAAAAAUCUGUCCGCCUGCUUCUUCUCCAAAAUUCUGUAUUGCAGCGAAGCUCAAAUGUGUAUUUAACUUCUAGUUGCUCUUGCUUUGGUCUCCUUCCAACAAUGCUUACUACAAAAACAAAUCAAACACAAUUAGAGAAGCCUUGUCCAUAAAGUGUAAUUUAAAUGGCUGUUAAAACCAACCUGUAACUGCCCUUUCAAAUGGCAUGACAAGGUGUGCAGUGGCCCCAUCCAGCAUGUGUGUGUCUCUAUCUUGCAUCUACCUGCUCUUUUGGCCUAGUCAGAUGGAUGUAGAUACAGAUCCGCAUGUGUCUGUAUUCACACAGAACUACUUAGAGAUGCUCCUGUCAGUGUCCUCAGGGCUCCAACAAGAUAUCACGCACUGGGGUACCACACGGUCCAUUUCAUGUGAUCUAUUACUCUGACAUAAACCCAUCUGUAAUAUAUUGCCAGUAUACUAUAAGCUGUUUAGUUUGUUAAUUGAUUAAGCUGUAUGUCUUAUAAGAAACUUGUAAAGGGGGAAAAUAUGGGGGAGUGAGCUCUCAGACCUGUGAAGAUGUAGCUUCCAAAUUUGAACUGAUUAAAUGGCACCUGUAUACCAAUUUGUAGAAA